UUCGAUCAGGGAAGAGCUGAUUGUGUGUACCGAGGCGAACUAUUCCGAAGCGUUAAAGUUCAAAUCGAUCAGUCCCGGUUUGUGAGAGGAGGAGAGAGGGAACGGUUUAAUAUCGUUCCCACGGUCACGAGAGCGGGAAAUUAUUUUCCUUGGCGGUUUGCAGUCGUCCAGGCGCGGGACGAACAAAUCUGCUCUUCCAAAGUGGGGAAUGGCGGCGGUGUUGCUUUUUUCCCUUUCUCCUCGACGAAUAAGGGAGAAGAGAGGGGAAGGGAGAUAAGUACACAUACACGCACGCGUAGAAACGGCCACUCGUAAAUUAGCCGAUUCCAUUCCUUUUAUUUCGUUAUUCCACUCGGACGAAGCGUUUGGUGUUUGUACCUCGCUUUAACCUCACUUUCGGAGUUUUUGUCAAGUUGUGUGCGGCGUCGGAGCGGAUGUGGCGUACCAUCAACACGUCAUGGGGUUUUACGUUACAGCAGCAUCUGGUUUGAUAUUCUUUCUUGAGAUUACAUGGGCCAUCACCUUGUUUGUACAAAUCUGUGUCAGGAACGACGAGUCUCUUUGUUCAUGCUGUUGGUCGGCAGUGUUGGCGAUAACAAGAGGUUGGCGGAGGGCAUUGUUUUAUCUACCAUUAUCCUGUAUUUUGGCAUGGAAACCGUAUAGUCUAUGGUUGUCCUAUGUUGCGGCCGGACUUUUGGCAGUGCUAUCCUUGCUGCAUAUUACGUCCAGUGCUUUGGGCAUACGUGGUUCCUGCCAGAUGAGCAAUGCCACGGAUUCGGUUGGCGAGAGCCUUCUAAAUACUAGGCCUGAGAAUUACGAUCGUUUUGAAGAAGUUCUGAACCUUUUUUCUAAGAUCGAGUGCAUCGCACAAGGUGACGGAAGUACUGGACGACGGUGUGUCUGGACCAACAGGACGAGUGGGAGACAGCGAUGGGGAAAUAUGACACGAACGUCAGCCCUCGUGGGCAAGCGAAUCAGACGAGGAUAGUGAACCGGAACAAAGGACAUGUCAAAUAGCUACGCUAUCUUAGUCGUUGAUAGCAGAUAGAAGAAACUCCGAUCUCGACAUUUUGCAAACGAUGUCAAAAUUCAAGCUUCUUCCGCGAUAUACAGAAGCCAAUGGCAUCUUUGUGAGAAUGUAAUAUACAGAAAAGAAAGGAGAGAGAAAGCUUUGCGUGUUCGAAAAGUAACAGAAAAGUUGAACAGAGGAAUGAUGAAACUUUCCGAAGGAAGUUCAGCGGUCCAAAAAUGAGCAGGUAAAAUACGAGACUCGUUGAGAAAUUUGAUCAAAGAUAAAGAGUGUCGGAUCAUUGAGAUAUGUAAAAAUACUUGCAAGAUUUCUCGUUUUCGUUUUGCAUAGUUGAAAUUUUUUACGAGUCAAUAUGGUAUUGAAAUAUCGCAUAUGUUAGAACAGUGUUUCCUAAUCAAUGUCACGAAAAUAAUAUUAAAAUUUUAUGAAACAUAAAAAUAUGUAAUAUUUAUUGAUAUUUAUAAAUAAUAUUUAAAAAUAGAAUUUAUAUA